UUCCUCUCUCGCGAAAUGAAAGGGAACUGGAGUAAUUCACCCGCAGGAUCAACGAAACCGGACACCAAUAAGCACUUCCACAUCUUCGUUGGAGACCUGAGUUCAGACGUCGAAACGCAGCAGUUGAGAGAAGCGUUCACACCAUUUGGAGAAAUAUCGGACUGCCGAGUUGUUCGCGACCCUCAGACGCAGAAAUCAAAGGGAUAUGGAUUUGUCUCUUUCCUCAGAAAGCAGGAUGCUGAAACGGCGAUCAACGCAAUGAACGGCCAAUGGCUGGGUGGACGCGUGAUCCGAACUAACUGGGCCACUCGAAGGCCUGCUAGCAAUGCCAACAAUCAACAAGAAGGUUCCCAGGGCAACUCGACACCCAAGUACACUCCCCUCACUUUUGAUGAAGUGUACAACCAAGCCAGUCCCACAAACUGCACUGUAUACUGCGGAGGUCUUGGUCAAGGGUUGAGCGAGGAGCUCAUCCAGAAGACGUUCAGUUCAUACGGCAUCAUUCAAGAGAUUCGCGUUUUUAAAGACAAAGGUUACGCUUUUGUGCGAUUCGCUACGAAAGAAUCGGCGACGCACGCCAUCGUUGCCGUGCACAAUACCGAUGUUAACGGACAGAUCGUCAAAUGCUCCUGGGGCAAGGAGUCGAGCGACCCCAAUAACCAACAGGUCCAGCAUACCAUCGCCGCAGCCCAAAUCCCAUACCACCAGUAUCAGCAGAUGAACUACUGGUAUCCGCAGAAUUACGCACAGCCCAGCCAGUUUGUCCAGGGCACCACGCCGGCAGCCGCGGUGCAGUACCAGUACGGACAGUACUUUGGUAACGGAUUUGGGAUGGGUUUGCAAGUGGCCUGGCCAGCAGGACAAGCCAGUAGCCAGAGUGCGCCUCUUGGUCAACAGGCGACCGGCCUCCUGCCCGCGGCGGCCACCUACCCCAUGCAGCAGUACCAGACACAUCAGUAA